AUUGCGGAAGCAUCAACAGCAGCGACAACGCAAACGUCGAUAGAUGGGACCAGUGAACGGAUUGAUGAACUGAAUGAAACUGAUGACGAAACUAAGGAUGUCGACAGUGGAACUGGUGAGGGAGAUGAUGGAGAUAGUACACUGACGGAUUUGGGCUCAACAUGUAGUGGAUUGACUGAUUUAUCCGGCCUAUCUGACUUGGAUUUCCAACUGCCGGAACCUCCAGAGGGUACCAUUGAUGCUGGUGCUGAAGAUACGGCAAGCUUUUUUUCCUUUUUCACAGGCCACUAA